CCAAUUAAGUGUUUAAAGGCGAGAAGCUAAGAAUAGCGCCAAUUACAGUAAAAAGUUUCAGAUGUUCAGCGUGGUGCCGGCGGUGAUAGAGCAAAUGCAUGGGGCAGCAUGCAUGUAUAGUUAAUGUCAUUGAUGAAUUACCUGCCAGAGAGGAGCAGCCUUUUACAGAGAGGACGUCAAAGCAGCAAUGCGAUGAUCACAAGGAUUAUUUUGGAUCCGAGGUGGGAGCACUGAAGAUAACACACCGGAUCAGACCGCUGACAUAGGUUACAUAUGGUACCAGGUGCGUGCUUGGAAUGUGUGCAGGAUGAGCAGCACAUUUGUUACAUUAGCUGAAGUGUUGGAGGCACGAGGGGGACCUCUGCUGGAGGAGGAGGUCUGGUCUCUGCUGCUGGGCACUGCAGAGUCUUUAGUGGAUGUCUCCUAUAAGGGUCAGAACAAUAUGUGUAAUAUCAUAAGCCCCACCUCCUUGCUGCUGUCAGCCACUGGUACCUUAGCAUUCAAGAACUGUGGCCUAUCAGAUGAGGUAUCCACCUUCACUGCUCCUGAGAUGCUGCAGGGCCGUGCCAGCUCAACCAAACCUGCCAUAGAGAGGAUGCUGGUGUAUUCACUGGGUAUGACUCUCUACUGGUCAGUUGAUUUUCACCUACCUCAAAAUCAGCCAGUCCAGUUGAGUGACCAUCUAAACAGCCUCCUCCUCAGCAUGUGUGAGGACCUGGCCCACCGCAGGGUAAAUCUCAACUGCAUCCUAGAAGCCUGCGAAUCUCAGCAUAAAGCCUCUAUCCUGCCGCCGCCCGCCAAAGUCAUCAGACAGCUGGUGGAGGAGGUUUUUCAUGAAUCAAUGGACCACAGCUCUCUGCCUGACAGUAACGUCCCUUUGAGUGGCCGGAGCCAGAUGAUCAGAGAGAGACUUCAUGGUAAGAGAGGGCCAUUUUCAGACAUCAGUGAUGGGAGUGCUGAAGGGAGAAGAUACUCAACGGACUCUGAUUCAAAGUCAGGGAGUUUACCUCAGAGACCUUGGAGACAAAGACCAAGGAGCUCUCCCACACCGUUGUACCAGUCUUCUUUAGACAGACUCCCACGUGGGAUUCGUCACAGGGACAGCAACUGCAGUUGGCUUGGUAGGAGCCCCCAUCACGACAUCUCUCCCAAGACAUCAGGCAGAUCUCACAGUCCUUCCAUCACCUUUAGCGAGUCCUCGAUCAGCUUGAGCCAGAGGAAAGCUAAGGCUUUGGGUCCUGAGUUUGUGAGAAUGCCAGACGAGCAUCAAAUUGUUCUCGAGCUUCCGGGAUCUAUUGUGUCCAGAAAGGGACGCUCUUGUUCGUCUCAGAGAGAAGUGACUGUAGUGCUGCCCAACGGACAGUUUGUGAUGGUUCGCUGUGACAUUAAGUCCAAAGCAAGAGAUGUGUUUGACAUGGUGGUGGCUCACGCAAACCUGGUGGAACAUUUCUACUUUGGUCUUGCCUUCCUCGAUGAUGAUGAAUAUUUCUUUUUGGAGCAUGAAACGAAAAUCUCCAAAGUUGCGCCCGACAGUUGGAAAAAGGGACAGAUAUCCUCCUUUUUGGUGUUUCUUCGAGUCAAAUAUUUUGUUGAUGAUAUCGCCUUCAUUUUACACAGACUAACUCGUCACCAGUACUAUUUACAACUGCGUAAGGACAUCCUGGAAGACAGGCUUUACUGUAAUGAGGAGACAGGCUUGUUUCUGGUUGCUCUUGCUCUGCAGGCUGAGUUUGGGGAUUACAUGCCAGAGCUGUAUGGUAAGGACUAUUACCAGCCAGAGCAUUAUGUGUCCAAGAGGAUGCUAGAGAAGCUGGCACUGCCCAAUGUCAAGGAAGAGUUGCCAAGACUACAUGCAAGUCAUGCCCAGAUGCUUCCAGAAGAAGCAGAAAUAGAGUACCUAAAGAUUGCCCAGCAGUUGCCGGAAUAUGGAGUAAUGUUCCACCGUGUGGGGAGAGAGAAAAGGCCAGAGAUAGGAGAGUACGUUUUGGGAGUCUGUGCCAAAGGAAUCAUCGUGUACGAGAUGAAGAACCACCUCCGCACUGUCACCAGACGUUUCCUCUGGAGGGAAACUGACUCCAUAUCCACAGGGCGGCGUAAACUGAUUAUAGAGUGUGGUGGACCCAGCGGGAAAAAGCACAGUUUUAUAACAGAAAGCUCAAAAAUAGCACAGUACCUCCUGAACCUCUGCUCAGCACAGCACAAGUUUCAUAGCGAGAUGACAUCACGUCAACUUAAUCACACCAUGAUACCAGAUGAAAACAUGGAUAACAUAUCUGUCUACCGAAAUCGUAAUUUGAACCUGAAGCGCAUAUCCUGCUCAGAGAGCAUGCUGAACCAUGUAGGUUUAACACCUGGUCAACCAGACUCCCUCUCUAAGUCCUGUGACGACCUGACUGCCAAGUUGGAGGCGCGGCUACGUCAGCAGAGAGAGAUGAGGAGGGAGAUGAGCAGAGAGCUGAACAAGGAGCUCCCUGAAACAGGAGACUUCAGGGACACGAAAGAGCGACAGUGUUGGAGCGCUUCAGAGCCGAUUCCCAGAAUGAUGUCCAUGGUCUCACUACAGAAGCAGGACUCUGACGCUUCUUCCUCCAUACUUGAUACACCAUCCAGGACCCCACCAGAGAGAGAAAUAGUCUGUGUGAACCUAAAGAAAGAUCCCAAGCUGGGCUUCGGCUUUGUAAUAGUAGGCGAGGACAAUACAGGUAAACUUGACCUUGGGAUCUUCAUUGCUUCCAUUGUGCCUGAUGGACCUGCGGACAAAGAUGGACGAAUCAAACCCGGUGGACGUCUCAUCUCCCUAAACAAGACUAGUUUGGAAGGAGUGAUUUUUAGUGACGCUGCCACCAUCUUACAGAACAGCCCCGAAGAGGUGGAACUCAUUGUGUCCCAGCCUAAACAGUCUCUGAAGGACAGACAGAGUUCCUUGUCUCAAAGUAGUCUCGGUUUGGCUUUGGAGAGGGGCUUCGGGUCACAGACAACGCUGAGUGGCACAGAAUACCGUCCUGUCAUGGAGGAACUGGAGGAAGCCAUCACUCUGUCCAACAUGGCAACGCCAAAACUGGGCAAGAGGCUUCACAUUCCUGUCGUGCGAAUACAUGAUGCUCAGGAUUUGUGUUCCAGGUCUCCGUCUAUCCUAAGUUUAAAAAAUGCAGAGCGGUUUGUAGUGGAGUUGAAGAAAAGCAGUGGCAGUCUUGGCAUCAGUGUUGCUGGAGGAAUAAACACCAAUGUGCGACAUGGAGGCAUCUACAUCAAGAGUCUGGUGUGUGGAGGUGCUGCAGAGCAGGACGGGCGCAUUCAGAUAGGUGACAGACUGCUGGAGGUUGAUGGGUCCAACCUGAGGGGCGUGACUCACCAUCUAGCUGUUGAGUGCCUAAAGAGGACCGGGGAGGUGGUGAACCUGCUGUUGGAAAGGGAACCCACAAUAAUAUUGGAGCCCAGACCUGAGUCACCCUGCCCCCCUUUGGCCCACAGUCCAUUACAAACACAGCCCCCUAGGAGUGAAGUCACCAUAGAAACGACCUUGAGUGGUCGAGCCAAGGACUACAGCUUUGUGACUGAUGAAAACACGCAUGAGGUGGUACUGAAGAAGAGUUUGUCUGGCCUCGGCUUCAGCUUUAACAUCUCGCAGCUUCGCUCAGGGCCAGACCGUGGCAGCGUGGUCCGCAUUAAACGCCUUUUCCCUGGUCAGCCAGCGUUAGAGAGUGGCCUGCUGCGAGAGGGAGACAUCAUUCUGUCAGUCAACAAAAACCCUGUCAAGAACCUGUCUUACCAGAGAGUUUUGUUCCUGUUACGUGGAGCUCCAUCUGAAGUUCAUCUACUGAUCUGCCGACCAGGUUCUGGGAUACUAUAUGAAGUAGAGGACAACACACUGAGUCCUGCACUCUUCCGAGAGAUUCGAUCUCGUUCUUUGGACAUUCGACUUGGAGAAUCGGACUACAGCCAACUCCUGAAGUUUCAAUUUGAUGUCAAACCACCUGCCCAAAACCAGGCCCCCACCCAGGAGGAAGAUCUGACCAACACAGCAGAGAAAAACCCCGAACCUCCUGCAGCUCCAGUACUCCCAGAGACCAAGGAGGGACUGGAGAGUGAAGUGCAGGUCAACCAGCCUCCCCCAUCUCCUCCUCGCUCACCCCCGUCGCCCACCUCACCAACAUCACCUCCAUCACCAGUCUCGCCAGCCUCGCCUGCCUCACCAGCAUCACCUGCCUCACCCAGUUCUGGGUUUCCACCAGCUCCACCAGCUCCACCAGCUCCACCAGAAGAGUCACAACCAACAGCUGGGAAACCAGAGGAACAAGAGAAAGCAGAAGCAAAGGAGAAGAACAAGGAUGGGGAAGAGGAGGUUGCAACGACAACUAGCUCAUCUUUGAUGCUUAUGGAUGUCUGUCCUAAGACUGCUUCAAACUAUGUGUAUACUAGUGGAGUCAGAGAGGAGGCAGAUGGAAGUGUGACCUACUGCCUGAUGGGAAAUGGAUUGACUAUUAUGGCAGAUGAAGAGUACCUGACCAUCAGCUCCACCCUGGAGCCUCCUCACAGCCUUCCCUCCAGUGUGGCCACUCAGACUCCGACAACAAACCUCACAGCACUGCGCUCUCAAACCUCCUCUACCCCUAUCCUCCCACUCGGCCUCCCAUCUGACACCCUGACCACUUGCUCCCUGUCCCAUCCUUCUCAGCCACUCACAACCCAGCCACCGAAAGCCAAGGACCACCCGAUCCAGCAAGGGCUUCUUCCAAGUCACUACAAAGCCAUUUCCAAGAACAGUAGGCCUAUGGUGCCUCCACCCCCGCCGCCUGCUCCUCCACUGAGCCCGAUCACAGCCCAGGUCAUGUCCUCUGUGCCUCCUUGUACCAGUCCACCUGCCCCGGCACUGUCCCCCACAGUGCUGCCGUCUCCUGCACAAAGCCACAUAGAGAUAAGGGAAGAACCAGAGAAGAAAGAAAGAGAUUACAUGGAUGAUGAUGAAGAGGAGGAUGAGGAGGAGGAAGAAAGUCGAAGAAAGGGACUGGUUAAAGAGUUUGAACUGUCAGUGUUUCUGACAAAGUCCAGGAGUGGAAGCUUUGGGUUCACCAUUACUCGAAGCAAGCUGGACAACUGCUACUACAUACAGGAAAUACUGGAUAACCCAGCCAAGUCAGAUGGACGACUCAGGGCAGGAGACCGGCUCGUCACAGUAAAUGGACACGAUGUUACCCGUGUGGGAGAUGAUGUUGCCAUGACAAUUCUCAGGUCAUCUCCGAGAAGACUCAGUAUGACCCUCGGGAGGGCAGUCAGCAACCUGGUGGCCCCGCCUUCCUGUGACAGCCUGCCUGAUAUAGUUCUGUACAAAACACCAUCAGGACAGCUGGGUAUAAAACUAACCGGAGGCAUCGGCAGCAAAUACCAGGGCAUCUACUGUCUGCAGGUGGUGCCAGGCUCCCCAGCGAGCGAGGAGGGCACUGUACAACCCAAUGACAAGAUCCUCUACAUCUGUGGCAGGUGCACACUGGGAAUGACCCUGGAGGAUGCAGUCAAAGCCUGUGAAAUCGCCCCUCGUAAAGUUAAACUUAAAAUCCUCAGAGAAGACCAGCCAGUGACCCCCAAGGCUAAGUGGAAUGGUCUGUUUGAUUGGAAAAGGGACAAGAAGAUUUUUGCUCGUUUUGAAGAGCCUGUCUCUUCAGAGAAAGACUCUCUGGAGACAGAAGAUGUUGAACCUGUAUAUAGGUCUGCAGAAAAUUUCAGAUGUCUCUCUCUCACCCAAGAUCACGAUAAUUGUAUCAUGCAAGUGGAGUUCACAAAACCAGAAGGAGGAGGUCUUGGCUUUGCUUUGGUUGGUGGAACCAAUGGCAGCAUGCUCAGAGUGAGGGAAAUCUGCUCUGGUGGGGUGGCUGAGCAGGACGGUCGACUGAGAGUGGGAGAUAUUCUGCUUGAGGUAAAUGGUGUGAUUGUGUCGGGACUGAGCCACAAUAAGGUGGUGGAUAUCCUGCGUAAAGCUGAGGGCACUGUACAGCUCACCAUCUGCAGAGACAUCAUGCCCCUGACUUACUCUGAGUCACCUACACCGCCUAACAUGUCCGCUCAGACUGAAGCUAUUUUAGCUGAGCAACCGGCUCCUGUGUCAAGCCCUGAUGCCUGUCCCUCACCUGACGUCAUGCUGAAAAAGCCAGUUGAGCGCCCGCCUGAGGCGUUGGCAGACCUUGUGGUCAAUGAAGCUGGCGUGUUCCUUUCCUCACCACCUCCUUCACCUCACCGACGACUGACUAUAACAGAUGAGACUUCAGUUAAGCCGGAGAGCUGUAACAGCACCCCUUCUCAUCAAGCUUGCUGCCCAUCCCUCAAUGUCACUGACAUGUUGCAUGGAGCUUCUGACAGGAAACAAAUUGUGACCAAACUUUUGGACCAGUCCUGCAAAGACAUCCGGAAAAAACAGUCAGAUGGCUGGAGCAGCGAAGAAGAAGAUGAUGUAUUUGACGCCACCAGUCGGGAAAAGACCUCACCCCAAACAGGCCCACCCAUAGUAUCAGAGGAGGAACUGGCCAGUUUAGCUCUCAUUAGCCCAUCAAAGACCAGCCAGUAUUCAGGCUCCAGGGUCAAGGCUCUCAUCCAGAUUCUGCAGCAUCAACUGGACCAGCAGGAACUGGUCAAAGAGUUUAUGGCUCUGGAGCAUCUGAAGCCUUCUGACAACUGUCUGGUGGGAAAAGCCCCUGAGAACAGAGAUAAGAACCGCUACAGAGACAUCCUACCUUAUGAUAAAACCCGUGUUGCCAUUGGAGACAACCAGGAUUACAUCAACGCCAGCUACAUCCGCAUGCAUGUUGGCGAUGAAGAGUUCUUUUACAUCUCCUGCCAGGGCCCGCUGCCUUCCACAGUGCCAGCCUUCUGGCAGAUGAUCUGGGAAAGCAAAUCUGAUGUCAUUGCCAUGAUGACCCAGGAAGUAGAACGGGGAAGGAUCAAAUGUCACAAGUACUGGCCAGAGAAGCUGAGCAUGCCUCUGGAUACCGGGAGGUACCAGCUUCACUUGGAGAACCAACAGUACUUGGAGUACUUCCACAUCAAGGUCAUUCGCAUGGUGGAGAGAGAGACUGGUGCGGCCCAUUUUGUUCGUCACCUGAAGUUCACGCACUGGCCAGACCACGGCGUGCCGCACAGCUCUGAGCAGCUGGUUCGCUUCAUCCGCUACCUGAGGGCAGUGCACCACAAGGGACCAGUCACCGUGCACUGCAGCGCCGGCAUCGGACGCACAGGAGUUCUCAUCUGCACUGACAUUAUCAUCAACCUCAUUGAGAAUGAUUUACCUAUUAAUGUGAGCGACAUUGUAAAAGAGAUGAGACUUCAGCGGCAUGGGAUGAUUCAAACCAAGGAACAGUAUCUCUUCUGCUACAAAGUCUGGUUGGAGGUUUUACAGGGAAUUUUACAGCUUCACGGCAACCAAUGGCAACCUGAAAGUCCCCGAGACCACAAAGUAGUUUGAAUAUUUCCACCUCCAGUUCACCUACCUGUAAAGCACAGACUGUGUUUGGGUAACCUUGUGCAGUCUAUCACAUCAUAGACUGGUGAUACCUUUUUUUUUUUUUUGGCUGUAGUUUAGUUAGCUAUAACAUGAAACCUGUACUUCUUCUCUGUUUUGAUACUUUGUUUGUUGAGGCCUAUUGUUUAGUUACAAUGACUUCAGCUCUAUUUGUUUUGUUCUUGUAUGUGCUCUCGGUGCUGUGAUUUUAUGUCAAUUUAAUUUAGAUCACUGAGGUUGUUUGCCUUUUCAGGCUUAGUAAUUUGCCUUCUGUCUCUAGCAUCUUUUUUAAAUUUUGUGUCACUAUUUGAAUGUAUAUCAUUUAUUUUUCUCUGUGUCCUUUGAAUUCUCAGAUUGCAUUAAUUUAUAGUCACGUUGCAUGGAAUUUAAAACCUGGUAAUAUUCACAUCUUUUAUCUGGCAACAAUGUCACUAAUAUCAUCAAAGUGCACAAGUGUACAUUAAGAUCAUCAUACCAAAGGGGGGAAUCUGUUUGUAACCUUGAUGAGUAGGAUUUGAUUAAGCAUUGUGUUAUCAUUUCAUUAAGUGCAUUUGUACCCUGGAGAAAAGGGCAUUAGCAAAAGAACACUAUUGAUUUUUCAGUUCAUCAUCUAAGGAAAUGAAAAGAAUCAAGUGCCUUGGAAUGACUCACACCGCUUGCUCCACAUUGACCCAGAGCCACUUGUCAAAAGCGGUCAGGGACGAAGAGCAAGAAACUGAUUUGAGAGCACCCAACGGUGGUUAGAUUGAAUGUAUAGCUUUCAGUCUGUCUGUGUUCUGAGGUGGAUGUUUGGUUGAUCCAAACCAGAGGAGGAUUACAUCACAUAUUUUAGUUGUAACUUAGAAACAUUGUGAAGUUUGCACAUCGCCUGUCAAUCUUUUUUUGUUUGUGGGCCCAUUUUAUACAGAACACUAUCACAAUGAAAGUCUUACUACACAUAAUCACAACUUGCACACCCUAAUACAGAUAAAGUAUGAUUCGACAUAACAAACGUUUGGAUAAAUUCAUAAAUGUUCAAUUCACUCUUUUACUAAAAUUUGGACAAGGCAUGAAUACUAAAUAUUCCAUUUUCUUUUGUAAAAUGUACAAAACUGAUUAGUUGUUGAGCUUUUAGGUGUAAUUUGUUAUGUGACAACAUCCUUUAUCUGUAUUCCAUAGCUAUUUUAAUACAAACUCAGCCAAAAAUGCAAAAAAUAUUAUGAGGUUUACAAACUUUCCAUUUUGCCACUUUAGAUGUAUAUGAUGUACAAAGCAACAGAGCUGCACUUCUAAGUCACAGAUCAAAGAUGAUUUCUAGCUGCUGGUUUGAACCUGAACCUCUGGAUGUAACUGCUUGUAAGCUUUAUUCUUUCAGCUGCUAUCACACUCACACCAGCUCUCUUAUUGCAUGCAGACUCUUUAAAGUACAGACGUCUGAGCCUGGAGUUUGACUGAAUGACUUGAUCAAAAUGUGGAAUGUAACAAAAGCAAUACUCUCCACGAGGAGAGGAGAGCAGAAUGUCAACCUCUUACCCAAUAACAUCUUCCAGACUGUUUGGAGCAUGUUGGUAAGACUAAUGCAGUACUGUACCUUUGCCAUGUGGAUGGCUUUUUUGCAGAGCCGUCAGCCUCUGUACUGUGUAGGCAACAUAUUUUCAUUCAAUACUGGUCUGCUGGUUUCUAGCAAUAGGUAACCCUCUGUUAUGUGCAAGUUUAUGUUCUCUUUGAGAUCCUGUUGAUAUGUCUUCUCCCGUAGAUCCUGGAAAAUGAUCAUUCUUGAAAGAACAAACAAAAGCACAUUUUGCAUUCAUCUGUGAAAAUGCAUCUUGUACAGUCAAGCAAGUGCUCAUGCAAUAGCCUUGUGAAAUGUAAUAAUCCUUAAUUGCACAACUGCUUAUUUAUGCUAAAUUAAUAUCUUGUCACUGUACAAGCCACUAUGUAACCAAUAACUGAGAACAAUGUAAUACCUCUCUCUUUAAUUAAAAACUAUUCUGAAGCUUGUUUGCAUGUUAUACAACACAUUUUACCCCUUUGACUCUGAGCGCAACAUAAUUCAACUUGAAGAACGGAACAACAGCGGCAGGAGU